AUGGCCAACUCCUCCUUCGUCACCGAGUUCCUAUUGCUGGGCUUCUCCAGCCUUGGGGAACUGCAGCUUGUCCUUUUUGUGGUUUUCGUCUCCCUCUAUUUGAUCAUCUUGAGUGGAAACAUCACCAUCAUCUCUGUCAUCCACCUAGAUUGCAACCUGCAUACUCCCAUGUACUUUUUUUUGUGUGUCCUUUCUAUCUCUGAGACCUUCUACACAAUCGUUAUCCUGCCCAAGAUGCUUAUCAACUUGCUCUCUGUACUCAGGACACUCUCCUUCCUGAGUUGUGCCACCCAGAUGUUCUUCUUCCUUGGUUUUGCUGUCACCAAUUGCCUGCUUCUGGGAGUGAUGGGUUAUGACCGCUAUGCCGCCAUCUGCCAGCCUUUGCAUUAUCCCAUUCUCAUGAGUUGGAGAGCAUGUGGACAACUGGCAGUAACUUCUACUAUCAGUGGCUUCCUGACAUCUCUGGCAGGAACAACAUUGGUGUUUAGCCUCCCUUUCUGUGGCUCCAAUAAAGUCAACCACUACUUUUGUGAUAUUUCCCCUGUCAUACGUCUUGCCUGUGCUGAAACCCACAUAAAUGAACUGAUCAUCUUCAUCGGUGGGGCCCUGGUACUUCUUGUACCCUUGAUCUUCAUCUGCAUCUCCUACGGCUUCAUUGUUCACACCAUCCUGAGAAUCCCAUCAACUGAAGGCAAGAGAAAAGCUUUCUCCACUUGUGCCUCACAUCUCACUGUGGUUAUUGUCCACUAUGGCUGUGCUUCCUCUGUCUACCUACGGCCCUCAGCCAAAUAUACAUCAGGCAAAGAUAGGCUGGUGACAGUAACCUAUACUAUCAUCACCCCACUGUUGAACCCCAUGGUAUACAGCCUCAGAAACAAAGACGUCCAGGUGGCUAUUAGGAAAAUGAUUGGAAAGUCUAUUUUUUUCCCUAAAAGCUUAUAA